CCACUUAACAAUAUUUUUUCAUCAUGGCGGCCUCCAUGAGUAACAACAUCAUGUAAACAGAGUUUUGAAUUUUGGGGAGUAAUUUUAGAUAUCAUUAUGUAUAUUCCAGCUGAUAAGAAAAAAUCGAAGUCUUUCGAAGGAUAUACACUAAUAGUGCCUGCAGUUUCUGUUGGAAAUGUGGGCCAGCUCGCUUCAGACUUGUUGAUUUCCACCAUGUGGUUGGAGCGAUGUGGAUUUAUUUACCAUGAUAGCAUCCUGCCUCUGGUAGGAAACGAUCCCUAUGCUCACCCUGAGGCAGAUGUCUGCAAACUUGUGACAGCGUGUGAAGUCUAUGAGAGCAAACUACAUCAGCUUGUCAUUAUUCAACAGAGAGCUCCCUUUGUGAAGGGUAAAAUGUCUAGUUUCCGGCGCUGGCUGACUGGCUGGGUAAAGGAGAAUAAAUUUGAAAAACUGGUUAUACUGAGCAGUAUGCAUGCACAUGAAAGGCUCGAUAUUCAAUUACAAGGGCCCCAGUUUAGAUACAUUUCUACCCCAGACUUGGAGGCCGAGAACAAAGAAAGAUUCACACAUGACGUUUUAAAGUGGAUUCCACUGGAAGGAAGACCGUCAUUGGAGGACCCAGAGGGAUCGCUGUAUCUUCCAGGAGGAGGCAUAGCCAAGAGCUUAUUUGAAGACUGUUCUAAGGAGAAUAUACCUGCCAUUGUUGUACUUGUGUUUUGUGCUGAAGGAGACAAUGCCCAAGAUGCAGUGAAGCUGGCCUACAAUCUGAAUUUGUGGAUGGAUUUGAUCGAUUUUAAGCCUAAGUAUGACUUAGAUGGAAAAACCAUCAUCAAGCCAGCCUCCACCUGGAGAGUUCCAUCGUCAUGGCGACUGUUGUUUGGGACAGCUGUGGAUCAGACUUUGUUUCAUUGAAUCUUCAAAUUACAAUAAGUGUAAACUGACCUCUUCCCUGUAAACUGACCACUCCCCAAUCCUGCCACCACCUUGUGUUUCAAUGAUUACAUUCAUAUUUCCUUGGGUUUUUCAAGCAUCAUUUAGAAAAAAUAUAUGUGCCCAUGAACCAAGCGAUUCAAUUGUCAGUUUUUGGUAUUUGUACAUAAGUCGCAAUAUUAAAACUGCAAUUCCGCAGCAAAUUGAAAUCGGACCCGACUGACACCCCCACCCCAAUUGUUUUUAAUACCUUUACAUACAAAACAUUAUGAAGUGAGAUUUAUAGCACAAUUUCAAGUAAUCAUGUAUGCUCAAUUACAGUACUGUCUUACAACUUUGUAUUGAAAUGUUUGUGAAUUAAAGUUAUUCAUGUA